UGGCUUGGCUGGGCUGGGCUGGGUUGGCGAUCACGCCCCCCGGAGGGGUAUAUCCGACCAGCGGGCCGCUUGCUUUGCCACCAGCCGCCUCUUCUUCCUCCUCCUCCUCCUCUUCUUCUUCCUCCUCCCGCAACCGCGAUGUCUUCCACGCCACCGGCCGCGGGCUUCGUCAGCCCCUUCGCCCGACCCCGCUGCCUGGCCGCCGCAGCCCCGGCCGGCAAAGUCAAGCUGACGCACCCGGGCAAGGCGAUCCUAGCAGGUGGCAUCGCCGGAGGUAUUGAAAUCUGCAUCACCUUCCCCACCGAAUACGUGAAAACCCAGCUGCAGCUGGAUGAAAAGGCCAACCCGCCACGCUAUAAAGGCAUCGUGGACUGCGUCCGAGUGACGGUCAGGGACCAUGGGGUCAAAGGCCUUUACCGAGGCCUCAGCUCGUUGGUGUAUGGUUCCAUCCCAAAAGCUGCCGUGAGGUUUGGCAUGUUUGAGUUCCUGAGCAACCACAUGAGAGAUGCCGAUGGAAAGCUGGACAGCACGCGGGGCCUUCUUGCCGGUUUGGGGGCCGGCGUGGCUGAAGCCGUGGUCGUGGUCUGCCCCAUGGAAACCAUCAAGGUGAAGUUCAUCCACGACCAAUGUUCUCCCAAUCCAAAAUACCGGGGUUUUUUUCACGGCGUGCGGGAGAUCGUUCGGGAACAAGGGUUGAAAGGAACCUAUCAAGGUUUAACCGCCACGGUCCUCAAACAAGGAUCUAACCAAGCCAUCCGCUUCUUCGUCAUGACGGCUCUUAGGAACUGGUACAAAGGGGACAAUCCUAGCAAAGAGAUUAACCCACUUGUGACGGGAUUAUUCGGGGCGCUCGCCGGAGCUGCCAGCGUCUUCGGUAACACCCCGCUAGAUGUUGUGAAGACGAGAAUGCAGGGCCUUGAAGCGCACAAGUACAAGAGCACCUUCAAUUGCGCCUACCAGAUUAUGAAAUACGAAGGACCUCUGGCGUUUUACAAGGGCACCAUUCCUCGCUUGGGAAGGGUCUGCUUAGACGUAGCCAUUGUGUUCAUCAUCUACGAUGAAGUGGUCAAAGCACUCAACAAAGUAUGGAAAACGGAUUGAGAGGGUUGCAGCAAGUGAGCUGGGUGGGUCAUCCGCCCCCACCCGCAUCAGGCAACAGCUGGGACAAAGGGGCGACCAACUGCAGAAGACAUUUGGAAGGGUGGUGUGUGCUUCUUCAUUCUUUUUUUUUUUCUUCUCACUGGGAGCGGUGCCUCUUGGCCAGAGGACCCGAUUCCAGUCUCCCCCCCACCCCAAUCACUUGUCACCUUUCGUGGUACUUAUUUAUCAGAACGGACUGCGGAUGGAUGGAUGGAUCCUUCUCUCUGUAAGGUUUCACCUUAAUGACGCGAGACCACUGGAGGAGGGUCAUCACGAACGGGUCACGGAAAUGAAUUCAUGGGUCAUCAUCAAAUAGUUUUCUUCCGGUGGAGGGUCAACGAAUGACCAGUGGGUGGGGGCGGGUCGAGUGGUUUUCUUUGGUGCUCUUGACAAUACACAUUCUCAUUGGCUUUCUCACUUGUUCACUCAUGGAAGACAAGUUCUAGACACGCCCUUCCUUCCCCCCCCCCAAAAAAACCCAGAUUGAGGAUGGUGCAGAUAGCUGGGAUGGGUGUGUGUGUGUGUGUGUGUGUUUGUAGGGGCCGAUUUGCUUUUCUAGUGCCAUUUUUAUUUGAUAUUUUUGCCACCAAAGAGCACUUUGGAAAGAUAAGAGAUGGAAACGCAAGGAGAUCUUCAAUAAGAAAAGGGAUUUCAAGCAGUUUUAAGGUGAUACAUAAGGGGGGGGGGUCUGAAGAAUUUUCCCCAACCUGUUGCUUCCCAGGUCCGUAGGACCAAUGGCUGGAUCUUUUAGGACAGGGGUCUCCAACCUUGGCAACUUUUCAGACUUCUGGACUUCAACUCCCAGAAUUCCUCAGCCAACAAAGCAAAGCUGGCUGAGGAAUUCUGGGACUUGGAAGUCCGCAAGUCUUAAAAGUUGCCAAAGUUGGAGACCCCUGAGUUAGGAUAUCUGGGUUUUGUGGUCCAACACUCUUUCAGGGCAUUAGGUUAGGAAAGACAAAUCCCAAAACUUAACAGAAGACUCCAUUAAAAAUAUCUCCACCCAAAGGAGAUAUGGUCCAUAUCUUUCUUUGGAACCCACUACUCUGGUGGAAAACUGGCAUUCAUUCACUUCUGGAAGCAGUAACCAAAACUCUGAAUACAUUCCAAAAAUUCAUUCCUUCCAUAGUUUUCUUUUGGCAACUUGCAGUUCUUCAUAUGAUGAAGUCCAUCCCUUCUGAGCUGCUGGGACAUCCUAGGCUUCUGGCAUAGACAGGUCUCUCCAGAGCAAGAGAAACAUUCUCCACGUAGGCCUUCUAGACAUAUUCACAUCGCCCUAAUGCAGGGAAUCCAGGAGGGACUUUGUGUAUCUUCUCCCUAGAGAAAUAGUAGUGACCACUGAUCUUCUACGAUGGAGAUGCUAUAAGCGUUGGUAAGUAGGAUCAGCUCAGGGGUGAAAUGCUACCGGUUCGCUCCUGUUCAGGCGAACCGGUAGUAAAAAAAACAACAACUACCGGUUCAGUCGAACUGGUAGUUAAAAACAUACCAGUUUGGGCAAACCGGUAGUUUAAAAAAAGCUACCGGUUCAUCCGAACCAGUAUUUCCAAUGAUCAGCUGUGCCACGCAGUUUAUAUUCGCAGGAAAUCCUGCUUUCUAGUGAAGCUAAAUCGCGCAGCGCAGCUGUUUCCCCCUCCCCCAUGCGUUCUACUUACCUAGUGAAGUCAUCUUUUUCCGCACGAAGCAGCUGCGUUUGGCAUGAACUGCGCAGGCACAGGUAGCGAACUGGUGGCAAUCCACGGAGGAUUUCCCCGCUAAAUCAGCUCCUCUGGAAAUCGCGGUCUUCUUCCCCAAGCUUUGAAUUUUAUGUGCCUCCCUACCUUUGUGCUUUUCAUUUUGGGUUUUAUGUUCAGAUGAAUGUAUUUUUAUUUUUAAAUAUAAAUAUAUAUAUAUA